GGUAAUUAUACCAAAAUGUUAACAAUUACAUCCGGUAAGUAUAUAUUUUUUUGUUCUCAAAUACUUGGUAUAAUAAUAUUUUAUAAAUAUACAACUCUAAUUUUAGCAAUCCUAACACUAAUCAAAGAUAUUAUACAACAAUGGAAAACAUUACUUCUGCAAUAUUUAUUAAGCAAAUGUUCAGUAUUCCAUAACACCAUUCUUUUAAACCUUUAUUAUGUUAAGGAAUAAAAGCAAAUACUAAUACUUUUGAUAUUAACUUAAAUGGUUAUUCCUGAACCCCGGAAUUC